AUUACGAUCAAUCCAGAUGACCUACAUGAUCCUGUUGCACAAUUAUUCGUUGGUGAAGAUAUAAACAUGGAUCACUUUGCUUGUACCGCUGGUCCGGGGAAAGAUCAGCGGGCGUGUAACAUCGCAUCGGAUGGAUUUGCAGCGGCUCGCUUCUUCCACUACACCAUCCAAACGAUCAUAGAAACUCUUUUCGGAGUGGAGGUGUUACCGUUUGGGCGUAUCAAGCAAAAGAUCGGUAUUUUCGGAUUCAUGAACACAUAUUUUGGGACGGUGGAA